AUGGAGCUGAGCGAACAUGACAUCGUGUACAAGAAUCGCACAGCAGCAAAGUCACAGGUCCUUGCCGACUUCUUGAUCGAGUUAACACCAGAGCUGGAGCAAGACCUCAUCCUACCAAGUUUAAACUGGAUCUUACACGUCGACGGUUCAUCCACGAGUAAAGGGUCGGGGGCAGGAGUGCAACUGCAAUCACCAACAGGGGAACUCAUCCGGCAGUCAUUCAGUUUUGGUUUUGCGGCGUCAAACAACGAAGCUGAGUACGAAUCCCUCAUCGCAGGGCUCCGUCUCGCCAAGGCAGUGAAAGCCAAAAGAAUCAACGCUUACUGCGACUCCCAACUUGUCGUUCCUCGCGGAGAAAAUGUCUGUGCCGACGCCCUCGCUGCUCUAGGAAGCAAGCUACACGAUCAAGUCAAGAGGACAAUCCCAAUCCAUAAAAUCGAGAAACCGAGCAUCGAUACGAUGGCGGCACAGACUGCGAUCUUAGCAGCGAUUAGCGAAGCGAUGGACAUCGACGAAGCAGAACCUCCUUCGCAGAAUGAUCAGCCAACAGAUUGGCGCAAGGAACUCAUCGAUUACCUCGCUGAAGUUUUAUUGCCCACCGAGAAAUGGGACACGCGGCGACUGAAGCGACGUAGCGCACACUACGUUUUCAUGGACGGGGAACUACACCGAUGGACCGCGACGAAGGUGCUACUCAAAUGUAUCCCCGGUGACGAAACGAAACUAGUCAUGGCCGAAACAAAUGAAGGAGCAGCAGACAAUCACUCGGGCGGACGAGCUCUCGCAUUAAAAGUAAAGAAUCUUGGAUUCUACUGGCCAACCAUGAACGCCGACUGCGAGACAUACGUGCGCAAGUGCGACAAAUGCCAGCGUCAUGCUUCCACCUUACACAGCCCAACGGAGUUCCUUCAUACCCUAACUGCUCCAUACCCAUUCAUGCGAUGGGGAAUGGACAUCAUCGGUCCGAUGCCGGCAUCUCGCCAAAAGAAGUUCAUCUUGGUCCUCACAGAUUACUUCACCAAAUGGGUUGAAGCCGAAGCCUACGCCAGCAUCACCGACAAAGAGGUGCAAAACUUCGUCUGGAAGAACAUAAUCUGCCGACAUGGGCUCCCAUACGAGAUCAUUACAGACAACGGUUCAAAAUUCACCUCGCUUCAUUUCAAGGGAUUCUGCGACAGAUGGCGAAUUCGACUCAACAUGUCGACCCCGAGAAACCCGCAAAGUAACGGGCAAGCCGAGUCGACGAACAAGACCAUCAUCGACGGUCUGAAGAAAUGA